AGCGCGUGCGUCUUCGUAUCCCUGCAGCAUCACGCUGCACUUCUGCAGCACUAACACUCACAACACAACCCCCAGAGAGCGAUGCACGGAAGAGGUCUUCGCUUUACUACGCUCUCCUCGACGGAUCCGACUCGGAAGAUGCUUUGAUUCGGUUCGUUCUUCAAGCGGAUCGCGUGAACGCCGUGCGUCUACAUUUGCUCGCAGACCAGAGGAGAAACGCGUUGUGUCUGAAGGCGGCUUUAGCGCAGCAUCGCAGGAUGGCUGAUGUCAGCGCGGAAUGCAACAUCAGGGUUCUGUGUCGCUUCAGACCCCUGAACCACUCCGAAAUCCUCCGAGGAGACAAAUACAUCCCCACAUUUCAGGGAGACGACACUGUCAUCAUCGGGGGGAAGCCGUACGCUUUUGACAAAGUCUUUCCCACGAACUGCACGCAGGAGCAGGUGUACAACACGUGUGCUAAACAGAUCGUCAGAGAUGUUCUGGGCGGUUACAACGGCACCAUCUUUGCGUACGGACAGACGUCGUCCGGUAAAACCUACACGAUGGAGGGAAAACUGCACGAUCCUGACGGAAGGGGAAUCAUCCCGAGGAUCGCUGAAGACAUUUUUAACCACAUUUACACCAUGGAUGAAAACCUGGAGUUUCACAUAAAGGUUUCCUAUUUUGAAAUCUACAUGGAUAAGAUCCGUGACCUACUUGACGUGAGUAAAACAAACCUGUCCGUGCAUGAAGACAAGAACCGGGUUCCGUAUGUGAAGGGCUGCACUGAACGUUUCGUCUCCAGUCCUGAAGAAGUGAUGGAUGUUAUCGAUGAAGGCAAAGCCAACCGUCACGUCGCUGUUACAAAUAUGAACGAGCACAGCUCCAGGAGCCACAGUAUAUUCCUCAUCAACAUCAAGCAGGAGCACGUGGAGACCGAGCAGAAGCUCUGCGGGAAGCUUUACCUGGUGGAUCUGGCCGGGAGCGAGAAGGUGAGUAAGACGGGGGCAGAAGGAGCUGUUCUGGAUGAAGCCAAGAACAUCAACAAGUCUCUGUCUGCGCUGGGAAACGUCAUCUCAGCUCUGGCUGAAGGAACCAAGACUCACGUGCCGUACCGAGACAGUAAGAUGACGAGGAUCCUGCAGGACUCUCUGGGAGGAAACUGUAGAACCACCAUGUUCAUCUGCUGCUCUCCUUCUGCCUUCAACGACGCAGAGACCAAAUCCACGCUGAUGUUCGGACAACGAGCAAAGACCAUCAAGAACACGGCGUCUGUGAACCUGGAGCUGACGGCGGAGCAGUGGAAGAGGAAAUAUGAGAAAGAGAAGGAGAAGAACAAGAACCUGAAAGAGAACAUUCAGAGGCUGGAGGCGGAGCUUAACCGCUGGUGUAAUGGUGAGUCUGUGACGCCGCUGGAUCUCAUGGCUGUGAUUCCUGUUGAGUCUGAAGUCAGUGAAGAGCCUGCUUUAGACAAUCAGAGCAGUGUGUGUGAGCCAACCCCAGGAGAACACACACUCAAGUAUGAGGAAGAGAUACGCAAACUCUACAAACAACUAGACGACAAGGAUGAUGAGAUUAAUCUUCAGUGUCAGCUGGUGGAAAAACUGAAGGAGCAAAUGCUGGAUCAAGAAGAACUGCUAGCGUCGUCGCGUGGAGACGGCGAGCGUGUUCAGUGCGAGCUGAGUCGUCUUCAAGCGGACAGCGACAGCUCCAAGGCCGAGGUGAAGGAGGUUCUGCAGGCUCUGGAGGAACUCGCUUUGAACUACGACCAGAAGAGUCAGGAGGCCGAGGACACGAGGACACACAACAGACGCCUCACCGAGGAGCUGUCGCACAAAACCUCGGACCUCAUGUGUUUGGAGGCAGAGUUUUCUCGGCUACAGGAAGUGAGCGGCCAGCAGAGGAAGCGCAACACCGAGGUGUUAAACACUCUGAUGAAGGAUCUCAACGACUUCAGCUUCAUUCUGGGAAACGGAGACCUCAGACUGCCGUGUGACCUGUCGGGUGUGCUGGAGGAGGAGUACGCUGUGGUGUGUGUGUAUGUGAGCAAAGUCAAAUCGGAGCUGAAGUCAGUGGUGAAGCGCUGCAGACAGCUAGAGGCUCUACAGGCAGACUGUCACCGAAAGAUGGAGGAGACCGGCAGAGAACUAUCAUCCUGUCAGCUGCUCAUAUCACAGCAUGAAGCGAAGAUCCGCUCUCUGACUGAAUACAUGCAGAACGUGGAGCUCAAGAAACGGCAGCUCGAGGAAAACUACGACUGUCUGAGUGAAGAACUGGCCAAACUACAGAACACAGAAAAUGCUCAGGAGAACCCGCUGGACACGGACGAGUCUGGAAACACAAAGAAAGCAGACGCUCAGCGAGAGCCUCAGCACAAGCAGCUCGGCCGUCUGCGAGACGACAUCAACCACAAACAGAAGAUCAUCGACGAGCUCAAAGAUGAUAACCAGAGGCUGGGUCUGCAGCUGGAGCAGAUGAGCGUGGAGUUCAGCGUCUUGAAGAAACGCGAGCAGGAGAAGAGCAGACAGCUGGAGGAGCUCAGAUUUCUUCACGAGCGUCAGGAGCAGACGAGGCAGGACAUGAAGGGUCUGGAGGAGACCGUGGCCCGUGAACUCCAGACGCUCCACAACCUGAGGAAGCUGUUCGUCCAGGACCUGACGACUCGAGUCAAACGGAGCUCUGAGCUGGAGCUGGACGACAGCCGAGGAUCUUCUACACAGAAACAGAAGAUCUCCUUCCUGGAGAACAACCUGGAGCAACUUACAAAAGUCCACAAACAGCUGGUCCGUGAUAACGCUGACCUGCGCUGCGAGCUCCCGAAGCUGGAGAAGCGUCUCCGCUCGACGGCGGACCGGGUUCGAGCGCUGGAGGACGCCCUGAGAGAAGCCAAAGAGGGAGCUAUGAAGGACCGCCGGCGCUAUCAGCAGGAGGUGGAGCGCAUCAAAGACGUCAUGAGGACCAGGAGCGGCUUCCGGCGGCCUCACGCCGCGCUCAUCGCUAAACCGAUUCGUCCAGGACAUUACCCCGCCUCCUUGCCUGUCAAUCACAUGUUCCUGCGCAGCAGAGAUCAGCCAAUCACGUUCAGCAACGCCAUGUUCAACGGCACCUCUGAAAAACCCCAAAACACAAACCCAGAGUCCAGCUUCAGCAACAAGACUCUGUCAGAGGAAGAGAGACACGGCAACACACUCCACGUCACUAACGGAAACGCCACAGAUGUGAACGAGAACAGCGUGUGUCGCUCAGAGCCCGUCAGCGAGCCGGCCGACCUCCUCCCGCUCAAACACAAGCUUCAAGCCAGCUAAACACAGGCGAUCUGUUCUUCUGACUCCUCUUCUGUAUAUUUGCAUGUUGCCUGCAGAUCCAGUGAUGAUAUGAACUCUCAUCUGUCCCGUGAACCCCAAGCAAGCGGCUCGUUCUCAGAAAACCACGCCACAGUGACAUUUUGGUUCAGCGUUCGCUUUGUUUCGUGUUUUUUCAAUAAACCGUUUUUCACACGCCUUUAACAACUACUACCUAAAAUACAACAUCACUCUUUAUUAAUGCAAUAAUUAUUAGGAAAAAUGCAUUUGAUUAAAUUUAACAAUUUAAUUGAAUAACUUAUUUAAAUUAAUACAAUUAUCCAUAGCGUUGAUUUAAAUUAUAUUUAACAAAUAUCUCUCUUUUGUAACGCAAUAAAUAUCAGGAGUUAAUAUAAACACAGACAGCAAAAUAAUUAAUUUUCAUUCAAUAAUUUAAAUGAAUAAAAGUAACCUUAACAUUUAUAUUAUUAUUAUAUUAUUAUUAAUAAUAUAUUAAACUUAAUUUUAAAAUUACAAAGUGUUAAAAUGUAGCUAUUAAUUUAAAUUAAAAUGAGCAGCAAUUUGAUUUAAUUUUAGGUGGCAGUACAUGUGGCCGAGUUAAAUAGUUACAUUUAACUAUUAAAUUAAAUUAAAUAUUAAAUUGAAUUUGAUUUAAAUAAUCCAAUAGGCAUUGAUAAAUGUUUCCAUGCACAUUAAAGAAAUAUAAGCAUUUAAAAUCAGUUUUUAUUAGUAGAAACGCUUGCACGAAUGCAUUUAUGAUAAAAACGUUUCCUGAGAACGAGCCAGAGACGAUGUAUGAUGCUGUUAGUCAUUGUCCACAUAAUUCUGUAGCUAUUUUUAUGUAGCUGUAACUAUUUUUAUACUCCUAUUUAAACGACAGAGUAGCUUCGGUGGGCCGGUGUGUUCAGUAUGCGCUGAUUUGUACGCUUUAUUUACGUUAUCGGUAUCGUUGCGUGAAGAAAGCGGCUCUUUUGACAUUAAAUAUCGAUACGAUUCGGCUGGAAGUCAACGUGCCUCGCGGAUGCGGCCGAGAAAUGAUCGGCUUUGCGGUUUCCAAACUCAGAAGCGCGCGACCGGACGCACCGCUCAGUGCGACCUCCGAUCACGUGACCCGGGGUCUGACCUUUGACCUCUGCGGAUCCUGACCUGCCACUCAGGAGGAGGCGGAGUCAGACUACGAGCAAAGCGCAGUUUUUCAGCCGUUAUGACAAAAAAAUCAAAAAUAGAAAUAAAUACUAGCCCAUAUAAAAAACGUUAUCAUACCUAUAUUUUUGAUCUACCUAGGCUUUAAUUGAAGUGUUGCAUUUUUGUUUGACUUUUUACGUAUUUAAAAACUCUGAUUAUAGUCGAUCUGUUGCCUAUCUUGCUAUUAAAAAUCCCAAUAAAGAGAAUCCAGUCCUUGAA